GUGAACCGUGACUUGUCUCUUAUUAAUUCAAAGAUAAUGAAAGGGAUGGCAAUAUGAUUUUAUACAAAAUCUACAGUCAGAAACUUUAAGAUCUUAUCAAAUGCAAGACUUGCAACUUAUCAUUGUUGAGAAGUGUAAUUAAUACGUCGCGAGUGUUUGUGCGUUACGGUCUAAAGUGCUUGAAAUCAGUGAGUGUUAACAAAAGGAAGCAACUAGCAAAUACAAUGCAAAAAUAUAUCCGAUAACUGUUGCAUUGGAAGAAAAAUGGCGAAGUUCAUUAAAUCUUUCUUUCAAACACCAUCUGACAAGAGGAGGAACUCUCAAUAUGGUAACGAAGAUGAUGGUACAUUAACGCCACCUCUCGGCGGAAGACGGAAGCUCUCUAUAUCGAGGUCGGGUAGAAUGAAACAGAGUAACAAGAAGAGACAUUCUAUAUCUUUAGAUAUGUACGGCGAGAAUCUCCAGUCGACAGAAAAGACAAAGGCGGUGGAAUACCACGUCAAUAAGCCAGUGAAUCAAUCAGUCAAAAAUGAUCUCAAACAAGAAGACAAAAUUGAAAGGCGACACAGUAUGGAAGUGAGGACACCUGAGGAAGAAAUCGAUAUAGCAUUCAAUGUCAUUGAUAAAACAUAAGAUAUGACAAGUACGUUUGUAUAGUCCGACAAACAUAUCUGGCCCGGUGUAUUAAAUAGGCGCUCUGUAACAACUCAAAAAAACUGCAACAACAGACUGUAGCUAUCUUAUCUCCUGUGUCAUUUUCCAUGUCCAUAGAUUCGCGAGAAAAUGAAUUAUUAUAAACAGAUUAAUACACGGAAUAUCCCAGAG